AUAGUGCCUUUGCUCGUUUGGAGAUGUCUUGUGAAGACUUGUGCAGUUGAAAAGUCUCGCGAGGCACAUACCUACUUCAUUGUCCAAGGGGAUUACAUCUUUCUGUUUGUUGAAGCAAUGACAAUAUGUGAUUGAAUAAUAUAUAAAACAUGAUUACAUAUGAGCAAGAUCCUGAUGUUGUUCGGUGGGGUCUCCAUUUUCUUGAUGGUGAUCCCUUUUCAUAUUCUGGGUAUUGUGGAACUCUUACCCAACAUGAUACUGGCUACUAUGAUGAACAGUAUGUCAGAGAAGAUCAUUAUGCCGUAGAACGUAGCAAUGUAGAGAAUGAUGAAAUUAUUGCACAUGCUCUUCAGGAAGAAUUAUCACAACUUGCAGUUGCUGAAGCCUCUGGAUCUUCCAGUGUUGGGGAAGAUCAUUUGCAAGCUUCCAUUCUUGCGCAAGAUUGGCUUGGUCCAUCUAUGGGAAAUUAUCAUUCGGGACAUGAGAGUGGACAGGAAGAGAAUAAUUUGGUGGAACCCUCUAGUUCAUGUUCUAGCCCUGAACAGAAGUCAUACAGUGGGGAUGACUGGUAUUACUCACUAGAGCUAACAGAUGAAUCUGUGCUUGAUGGAGAAGUUGGAAAGAGGUUGAAUCAGAUGGUUCCAGUUCCUCAUGUUCCUAGAAUUAAUGGAGAAAUCCCAUCUAUUGACGAAGCUACUUCAGAUCAUCAAAGGCUACUAGACAGAUUGCAAUUAUAUGAUCUGGUUGAGCUUAAGGUUCAGGGAGAUGGUAACUGUCAGUUUCGUGCCUUAUCAGAUCAGUUCUAUCGUACUCUGGAGCACCACGAGUUUGUGAGACGACAAAUUGUUAAUCAGCUUAAGUCCCACCCAGAGAUUUACGAGGGAUACGUUCCUAUGGAAUAUAGUGACUACUUGAAAAAAAUGUCCAAGACUGGUGAAUGGGGCGAUCAUGUCACGUUACAGGCGGCUGCAGAUUCAUAUGGUGUUAAAAUAUUUGUCAUAACGUCCUUCAAGGAUACCUGUUACAUUGAGAUUCUUCCCAACAUUCAGAAGUCAAAACGAGGCAAGUUAUUUUCUUGAGCUUUUGGGCAGAGGUUCAUUACAACUCAAUUUAUCCGGAAGGAGAUCUGCCUGCAUUCGAGGCUAAAAAGAAGAAAAGGUGGUGGAUCUUUGGGAAUAAGCAUUAGGGAUGGCUAAAUGAAUAUUAAUGGUGAAUGCUGGUUGUGGGUUACAUAUAGUUCCUCCUCUUCCUGCUUGGAGCUGCUUUUGCGUGUCACCUUUAGAAGAAGCUUCUACUGAGUUGACAUUUGCUGCUUGGGGUUUCUCUCGGGGUGAAUUUUCUGAAGCAGAUGUCCUUCCAUUGUUUGGUAAUGUGAUGGAUAUGAUAAGGGCCUGCAUCUCACUUAUCUUCCUUGCCAGUAUUGCUGCACAUCAGCUCUUAGGCCUUGUACAUGCCUUUUCCUUGUUGCAGUACUAUAUUCUUUCUUUAUGUAUUUUUUAUAUGUAAAACAUCUGUUCUUGCUAGCUACCCAUUUAGUGCUC